AUGAACGUUAAAGGGCUAAGCAUUGCUCAUGUCAAGAGCCAUCUUCAGAUGUACAGAAGCAAGAAGAUUGAUGAUCCCAAUGAAGGGUUUGUGUUGAAAUUGAUUAAUUUGGGGGAAAUUAUAGUUACUUCACAACAAAGACGAAUCCUAGUUGAUGCCGGAGAUCGACAUGUCUAUAACCUCAGCCAACUCCCAAUGCUACAAACUUACAACAAUCACAAAUCAAUUUCUAUCUUGAGUACUAGUUGGGCAACACCAAACAUGACCAAAAAUGGACUCUAUGUGCCUUCACCACCACCAUCAAAUGAGGCCAAAAAUGGGUAUAUAUCAACAAAUUCUUGGAGAUUUCUUGAUCACAAAAACAUAAUGUUGAAUCAAAGAUUCUGGCAAACUGGCCUAGAACAAGCGAAUGCUCGCGCAUUUCCUCUGUUGAAGAGAAAGCAAACCCCCGCGGAGCUCAACCUUGACCUCACUCUCUCUCUGAAGACAAUUGGGAAGAAGAAGAAGAAGAAGGCCGCGUGUGAUCAUGAAGAGGUCGACAGCAGCAGCUUGUCUCUCUCGAAAGAGAGGAAGAAUGGAGAUGAGGUGGCUGCUGGUUUAGAUUUGAGUUUGUGA